AUGUGCAGAGGUCUAAAAAGGAAAAAUAAGGAAACCCAAGCAGUUAGGAGGAGCUGGGGAGACAGCGACCCCGCAGCCCGGGACACCCUGAGCCGCCCCAGAAGCAAGGCAGGCUGUGGGGGAGGAGCGGGCCGCCGCGGGCCCGCACGCAGGACGUGCCAGGCCCCCUCGUCCCGCGCCAGCCCGCAGACGACCGCCUCACCUCGGGCCCUCGGCGUCCAGCCGGGCCGGGAAGGCUCGGGCCUCAAGCGCUCCGCGCAGGAUCCGGGCCCGCCGGGUUGCCGGAAGCUGGAGAUCCGGGGGGCGGGACUUCCCCGCCUCCUCCGGGCAGAGCCCCGCCUCCUUAAAGAGACAACGGCACCGAGAGACGAAGCUUCCGGAGACCCCAGCGGGCAGCCCCUUCCGGAGCCCGCCGCCUCCACCGCCCCUCUGGAGGGCGAGGCUCGGGCUCUUAAAGAGACAGGCGCAGCCCGGCCGACAGGCGAGGGGGUGACAGCGUCCUUCUCAGCUCCCUUCCCCCGGGAGGGGCAUGGGGGCAGAGAAUUCUCAAGAGUUCUUUGCCUGGUGAACGCCUGCACAGCCUCAGGUUUGGGCGGCGUUUCCUCUCCUGGGGAAAGCCUGCCUUCGCCUCCCAGGACUGCUUUGCUCCCGUGGUCUCCUGGGUUUGCCUCGAGCACGGCAGUUGUCAUCGUCUGCCCGUCUUUGCCAGCCUGCAACAGGCCACUGGUGCUGAAUUUUGGAAGUUGUACCUGACCCUCAUUUCUUUUCAAAUUUGACCAAUUCAAGAGACUUAUUGAAGACUUUAGUUCCAUAGCAGACUUCCUCAUCAUCUACAUAGAAGAAGCACACGCAUCAGAUGGCUGGGCUUUUAAGAACAACGUGGUCAUCAGGAAUCAUCGUAAUCUCCAGGACCGCCUGCGGGCAGCCCGCCUGCUGCUGGACAGGAGCCCGCCGUGCCCUGUGGUGGUGGACAGCAUGGAGAACCGGAGCAGCCAGCUCUACGCGGCGCUGCCCGACAGGCUCUACGUGCUGCAGGCGCGCAGGAUCCUGUACAAGGGUAAACCUGGCCCUUGGAACUACCAUCCAGAGGAAGUUCGUGCUGUUCUAGAAAAGCUCCACAGUUAAUCUGGAAAGAUCCCCCAGUUCCAGGUGACCAAUGGGAGGGCUCUUCAAGGCUCUGCUCGCCCCCUGACCCAGCUGGCUUUUACCUCUUGACCUGUGUCCCCGGCUCAAUCACCAACUCAGAUUUUUCUGAUCUAAGCAAACAGCUCUCAGCUGGGGAGAGCAGCACACAGCACUCAAUCAGGAGCAAUUGUCAUCAUCAGACAACAAAGCAGCAAGCAAGCAGAGUGUCAAAAAGUAUACAGCUGCCCGCUGCCCCCACGGUGGGGACCCGGGGCACUGCAGGAUGUCUGAGAGUGAGCGCCGUGGCACGCCUUGGCGUCCUCUGACGUGUGCUCUCUCCAGCCACUCUGACACCACGUGGUUAGAUAGGCAACCCUUAGGUAAACUCAUUUUACCCAAUUUUCCAUUAUGGGUUAAUAUUUUAAGACACUAAAUUGGUUUUUAGAACCAGGCAUGGGGAGAAGUCCAGGGGUUUAGAGAAAGAUGAGGAACUGGAAGAGGAGGGGGUGGGAAUGGGAGGAGACAGUAAAGAUGGCGAUCCUUUCCUUGCCAAAAGAUUGAAACCAGUUGGUGGUGGUGGUGAGGGGCGAGUUUCCAUGGUAUCUUAUCCUCAGUUGUACCGCAGAAGAGGGUACUCACUUUAUUGUCUCUGAAGGUACUUCACAGAAACCUGGCUCUCUGUGCCCUGGAAUCUUCCGCUGUCUUCACUUAUCAACAGAGUCACUUGCAGGGAGGACUUGCUUCCCAAAAACGUUAUAACCUCAACCCAACUAGACAGUAGUCACCGCGGGGCUGUCAUUCGGUCAUGCUUGAGCUCAUAUUUGAAAUUCUGAGUCUCUGACUUUUUUUGCAAGUCUGUUAAUGGUCAUUUGUGUUAAUGGAUAACUAUUAGUGUUCGUCUGUUUUAACUCUGCUUCUUUUCCUAUUUGUUUAUGAUGGCCACAGCCUAAAGUACACACAGCUGUGACUUGAUUUGAAAAGAAAUGGUUUAAGAUGCAGCAAGCUAAUACAGAAUGAUUAAAGUACAUCGGGCUAUU